CCAUUUUUAAACUGUAGAAGAAGUUAGAAAAAUGUUAAGUUAUUGUAAUAUUCAAUACCCGGUAGUUUCAUCUUCUCAAUGCAGAUUCUUACUAACUCAAUCCAAUCACAGCCGACCAUUUUUGCGUUGGUCACCAAUUUGUAGCUCAAACAAUAAUAAAAAUUAUUCUUCUCUUCGAGUUGGUGCUGUUGUCUCUGAUCGGACCACCAGUUUGGCUAAUGAGUUACGUGUAGGGAAUCUAAGUGAAGAUGGAUUGUCUUAUAAGGAGAGAGUUAUAGUAAGAAGCUAUGAAGUUGGGAUUAAUAAAACUGUCACUGUUGAAACUCUUGCUAAUUACUUGCAGGAGGUUGGGUGCAAUCAUGCUCAAAUUGUAGGAUUUUCAACAAAUGGAUUUUCCACAACCCACACAAUGAGGAAAUUACAUCUGAUAUGGGUAACUGCUCGGAUGCAUAUUGAGAUAUACAAAUACCCUGCUUGGUGUGACGUUGUUGAAGUCGAAACAUGGUGCCAAAAUGACGGCAGAAUCGGAACCAGACGCGAUUGGAUUUUGACUGAUUACGCGACCGGUGAAGCUAUAGGAAGAGCCACAAGUAAGUGGGUGAUGAUGAACCAAGAUACUAGGCGCCUUCAGAAAGUCAGCAAUGAUGUCCGGCAAGAAUACUUAAUUUUCUGCCCGCCAGACCUCAGAUUGGCAUUUCCGGAGGAAAACAAUAGCAGCUUGAACAAAAUUGCAAAACUAGAAGAUCCUGCUCAAUCUUCCAAACUUGGCCUAGUGCCUAGAAGAGCAGAUUUGGACAUGAAUCAACAUGUCAAUAAUGUCACCUACAUAGGAUGGGUUCUUGAGAGCAUACCUCAAGAAAUCAUAGACACGCAUGAACUACAAACCAUCACAUUGGAUUACAGAAGAGAAUGCCAACAACACGACAUAGUUGAUUCACUCACAAGCAUAGAACACAACACAAAUACUGAUCAACAUUCCCCUAAUUUCUUACAUCUCCUCAGAUUAUCAAGAAACGGCCUCGAAAUUAACCGCGGCCGAACUCAAUGGAGAAAAAAACCAUCUACAUCAUAGAAAGUGACCGUUCCGGUACAGUUGAACCACCCAUAUCUUUAUAGGAUUUGGUAUGGUUUUCGGUUACUUCCGGUAUCGUUAACCCAUAUCCAACAGAAUUGUAAAUUUUCCAGCUUUUAGCUUCUUGACUUUGUUGUUCUUUUUAUCCUUUAUUAAAAUUUCUCAA